AUGUCCGACUCGGCCUCCACCGACGAUGGAGGCAUUCCCGAUCGCGGGCCCGCCGUCUUUGCGGUCACCACGGCCACUCUCGUCCUCGCUACCGUCUUUGUUGUCGCGCGAAUCGUUUCGCGGACCUUUAUUGUUAGGAACAUUACCUGGGAUGACCGCGUCAUGAUCCUCGCAUGGCUGUUCGCCUUCUUUCUCUCCUUCACCAUCUGCUUUGGCGUUCACAAUGGCCUCGGACGACACGAUGAGAAUAUCGAUCUGGGUCGUUUACCCGCUCUCCGCCGUUGCGAAUACGUCUUUUCCAUAUUGUACAAUCCCGCCUUGAUGGCUACCAAAACGUCCAUACUCAUCUUCUAUCUUCGAUUGGCCAAGCAUACCCAAAGGGUUCUCCGAUUCGCAUCUUGGUUGACGCUCGCCAUUGUCAACAUUGCCGGCGUCAUUCUCACAUUCAUGAACGUCUUUCAAUGCCGUCCGACGCAGGCCGCUUGGGAUAUGAACUACGACGAACACGCCAGAUGCAUACCUCUACUUACCGAGUUUAUCUGUUCCUCACCCGUCAACAUUGUUACCGACCUGGCCAUCCUCGCUCUACCGAUACCCGUUCUUACUGGCAUGCGCCUACCCUCGCGCCAAAAAACGAUCCUGGUUCUCACCUUUACCGUUGGAAUCUUUGUCACAGUUGUCGAUGUAGUCAGAAUCUAUUACCUGCAGCAAGCCAUCACGGCACCGACGAGCACAACUACCGAUCCUCAAUCGCGAUUCGGUGGUCAGACGGAUUUCGCUUGGAAUGCCUCACGGUCUCUUAUGUGGAGCGCCGUUGAAGUGAACGUUGGAAUGAUGUGCGCUUGUGUACCAACGCUAAAGCCUUUGGUACUAAAGCUUCUUCCUUCUAUGCUCUACGAUCCCGAUGGAACCAGGGCCAGCAUACCUAAGGGGCCCAACGACUCGGACUCACCUUCGACAGGCCACCGCGCCAGCAUCCAGCAGCCCCCUCCUGUUGCGCAGUCCGGCCCGCCAGCUCCGCUCAAUGCCAACGCGCCGAUAAGCGCUAUGGAGUUCUUAACAACCCCGUUCGAUGAACCAGCUUUAACCCGCCCUCCUCCGCAGCGUACUGGGCAAAGCAACAAUACGUUCCAAACGUCCACAACCAUGACAUCAUCCACCGGGACUGUUGAGGGCGUAUACUUUGGUUUCGUCAACAUGGCGAAGCCCAAAAGCAUGCUGAAAUGCAACAAGAAAGAGUCUUUCAAAUACUGCACGAUUGUAUCCAUCUUAUUUCUACUAUGGGGCAUAUCGUAUGGGCUGCUUAAUACUCUGAACAACGUUAUUGCAUCCGUCGACGACAUGACCACAGCUGAAACUCUUGGUAUGACGUCCAUAUACUUUGGAGGUGGCUACCUUUUCGGACCCCUGCUAGUGGGAGAAUGGAUUCUGCGGCGCGACGAACACAACCGAUCGAAACGGCACAAGGGUAACGGUCACGACAGCGUUGGUGGCUUCAAAGUUACUUUUAUAGUUGGCCUUUGCUUCUACGGCAUUGGAACCGUUAUCUUCUGGCCCUCGGCCGUUACCCAAUCAUACGCUGGAUUUAUGCUCAGCAACUUUGUUGUCGGUUUUGGUCUAUCAAUCCUUGAAGUUGGCGCAAAUGCGUUCUUAAUACUCUGCGGCCCUCCUGAGUAUGGCGAAUCGCGUGUGCUCAUGGCCCAGGGCAUCCAAGGUACUGGCAGUGUUCUCAGCGGCCUCCUUGCCCAGAAGGUCUUCUUCAAAGGCAUCGUUGAGCAGAACAACGCGACCAGUAUGACACUCAUCAACGUUCAGUGGACGUAUCUGGGCAUCACAUUGCUCUGCGUUGCUUUGGGUCUCUUCUUCUACUACAUGCCUCUCCCCGAAGUGAGCGAUCGUGAGCUGGAGCAAUCUGCAAAGCACCUCCCCAUGGAUCCUCAGAAGAAGAGGGGCGGUCUGCAGCUGCGCACCUGGAGUCUGAUUCUGGCCGUCGUCGCUCAGUACACAUACGUUGCUGCCCAAGAGUGUUUCAGCAUAUACUUCCGCAGUCUCAUGAUAUCCAUACUUCCCAACACACCCAACACCGGCGAGGAAGCCGCUCACGGUGCCAGCGAUACCCCUAACCCCGAUAAACCUCCCGGAAUCGCCCUUUCUAUACCCGAUUAUCUCCUCAUCGCGCAUACCGCCUUUGCUGUCUCCCGAUUUAUGGCAGCAGGCCUUGCAUAUCUCUCCGUCUACCGCUCCCGUUUCCCCCGACCCCGUACCAUCCUCACCGCCUGCGUUGCUGGCUGCUUCAUCUUUGCUCUUCUCCCUGUGGUUGUCCGUCCACCCAACCCCAACCUCCUUGUCAUUCCUAUCGUGCUCUUUUACUUCUUUGAGGGACCUAUAUACCCCCUUAUCUUUGCCAUUGGCCUCCGCGGCCAAGGGCGACGGACAAAGCGUGCCGCAGCCUUUAUCACCAUGGGCAGCUCCGGUCCCGGAUUCUUCCCCUUUGUCAUGUACGGCAUCAUCAAACACGGAGGCACAGUUCGAACGGCAUUCAUUGUCGUCAUCGUCCUCCAGGCCAUCUGCAUGUCAUACUCGAUCUUUCUCCAGUUUGUCAGCGAAGCGAAGCAAUUCGUCGACCCUUGCCCUGCAGUGCGUGAUGCCCUCAGACAGCCCGAUGAGGAAAUGCCAUCGCCCAUGGAGACAGUUAUUGCAGAUCGAGUGCGUCGAGAAAGCACCGCCAAGGGCAAAUCUCAAGGAUUCUUGGAUAAGGUGUCACAAGGCACCAAGGUUAUAGGCGCCAAAUUCCUCAGCAAUCGACGCCGAUCUUCACAGCCCUCAAUACAGCAAUGCGAGGAUAGGCGCGACAACGCGCCGCUAUAA